AUGAGUUUUUCUAGCGAUGAAGUGAAUUUUUUAGUUUAUCGUUAUUUGCAAGAAUCAGGGUUUCAGCAUUCAGCCUACACUUUUGGCAUAGAAUCUCAUAUUUCACAGUCUAAUAUAAAUGGAGCUCUUGUCCCUCCGGCAGCUCUGCUUAGCAUUUUGCAAAAGGGGCUCUUGUACACUGAAGCUGAAAUUAGUAUUGGAGAGGAUGGCACAGAACAACGUUUAGUGGAGAGUUUGUCAUUGAUUGACGCUGUUAUGCCAGAUGUAGUUGCUACAAGACAAAAUCAGCAGAACCAACAAAAACAAAUAGUUAAAACAGAGCCAGAUGCAAAUGGAGAAGAAAUUAUUUCAAAUCAAUCUGAAAAUAUGGAUGUGGAUGGAAGUAUAGAAAUUCCCCCUUCAAAAGCAACUGUUUUAAGAGGCCAUGAGAGUGAAGUAUUCAUUUGUGCUUGGAAUCCUAGUACUGAUCUAUUAGCUUCAGGAUCUGGUGAUAGUACAGCAAGAAUAUGGGACAUGUCUGAUAAUUCUGCUGCUCCUAAUCAGUUAGUUUUGAGGCAUUGUAUACAAAAAGGUGGAACAGAGGUUCCCUCAAAUAAAGAUGUUACAUCAUUGGAUUGGAAUUGUGAUGGAACAUUACUUGCUACUGGAUCAUAUGAUGGUUAUGCUAGAAUUUGGAUGACUGAUGGUAGAUUAGCCAGUACCUUAGGACAACAUAAAGGUCCAAUUUUUGCCUUGAAAUGGAAUAAAAGGGGAAAUUACAUAUUGAGUGCUGGAGUGGACAAGACUACAAUUAUAUGGGAUGCUGCUUCUGGACAAUGUACUCAGCAAUUCUCAUUUCAUUCUGCUCCAGCUUUAGAUGUUGAUUGGCAGACAAACACUUCAUUUGCUUCUUGUUCUACUGAUCAAUGCAUACACGUUUGUAAAUUAAAUGUAGACAAGCCAAUCAAAAGUUUUCAAGGACAUACAAACGAAGUGAAUGCUAUUAAAUGGGAUCCUCAAGGCAACUUAUUGGCAUCAUGUUCAGAUGAUAUGACAUUAAAAAUCUGGAGUAUGAAACAGGACACUUGCGUUCAUGAUCUUCAAGCCCAUUCGAAAGAGAUUUACACAAUAAAAUGGUCUCCUACUGGACCUGGAACAGCAAAUCCCAAUGUUAACUUAAUAUUGGCUAGUGCUUCUUUUGAUUCAACUGUUCGAUUGUGGGAUGUUGAUCGAGGAGUGUGCAUUCAUACUCUGACUAAACACACAGAACCUGUUUAUAGUGUUGCAUUUAGCCCAGAUGGUAAAUUUUUAGCUUCUGGAAGUUUUGAUAAAUGUGUUCACAUAUGGUCUACGCAGAGUGGGCAAUUAGUGCAUUCUUAUAAAGGUACGGGCGGUAUUUUCGAAGUUUGUUGGAAUUCCAGAGGAGAUAAAGUUGGUGCUAGUGCAUCUGAUGGAAGUGUAAGAAAACAAAUUUUCCAUUUUUAA